AUGAACUUUCCUGACAAAGAGCAGGCAAAAUUCAUUGCUCAGAUUAACGAAAAGAGGAAAGAGAUAGCAAAACAUUGGGAUAUUCCAAAUAUGCACCAGCUGACGUGGAGCGAGAAACUCAGUGAUAUUGCUGCAAACAUCUCGAAAAGAGAUCUGGACAAAAUCGACAGUUUCCCUUUUUAUAUAGUUACAGUACCUCUUUCCAAUAAUUACAAGGAAAUAGCACUUGAAUGGGAAAGAGACUUGGACUUGUAUACGAGUUUAAUGAAUAAGAAAAUUGAAAGUGUGACUGAUUAUAUGCACCCGUUGCAAACUCAUAUGGCAUGUGUGAACAGUACAAAGUACGGAAGAAAUAAUGCCAGAAUAGUUUGUGUGUUUGGACCAGAAAACAUGCCUGGAGAAUGGAAAAAAGGAGAUCCUGGAUCGGAAUGCAAAAGGAAUUACAACAAUUCAGAUGGAAUAUGCACAUGGGUUACUGCUCAAACAACUCCGAACGUUAUCAUCCUUCCUAAUGGAUCUCGAAAUUCAACAUCAGCGUCUUCUGAGGCCACUCCUAAACCUCCCCUGGAUCCUAAACAAACAAUCCAGCCAACAACCCAAGAACCAGAUCUAAAAUCAACACUUCCGGGAACUAAAAAUCCAGAAAAUUCUCAAAAAACGAAAUUGUCUCCAGAAACGGCAACUCUACCAAAAGAAUUGGAGGAUUACGUGGAAGUGGAUGGAGAUGAUUAUGAUGAGGAUUUUCCAACUGGAGAACCUCUUCUCGAUUCUGGAUUCCAGAAUUUUUUGCAGUUUUGGAUUACUGUAGUUUUUGUUCUUGGUUUUUGUUUAUUGAUUUGA